AUGGAUUUGUGGACAGUGUUCAGGGGGGCUAUUUUGUUAGUCGGCGGACAAGCCCCUGAAGAUAGUUUGGAUUCUUCAGAAAUAUUUCCUAAUGUGCCUGCAGUACCGGGUUUGCCUUGCGUUGGAGAAGAUCCAUCUAUAGGAGAGGUGCCAGACGGUGGAGAAAGUUGUAUAGAAUCAAUGGACAUAUCUUCCAGGCAAAACGGUUUAAUAGAUGCAAGCUUCUGGUUCACAAAAAAGUGUCACAAACUUGUCCAGAAACCCUGCACCAAUGAGCACGUCGAACCGAUUGUCAAAGAUGACCCUCCGUCUGGCACGAUCGCCUCCAGCCAACUAAACCUAGCAGGCGGUGAUGAUCAGAAGCACCAGAGUUUGGGACAAACUCUGUCCAACAAUUCGGGGCUCAACAAUAAGCAGGGACAGAUGACUGUUGAAAGGUUGGCUGGUGAAGAUGGAGAUGCCAAUGAUGAUAAACGUGGAGAGGAGAUUGCUGCAGAAACAGGUGGUCAAAGACAAUACUCAUUGAGUGACUUUGAGUUAAUCAGAGUUAUAGGACGUGGCAGUUACGCCAAAGUGCUUAUGGUCGAAUUGAGGAAGACUAGGAGAAUUUAUGCUAUGAAGGUUAUUAAAAAGGCUUUGGUCACGGAUGAUGAAGAUAUCGAUUGGGUGCAAACUGAGAAACAUGUAUUUGAAACUGCUUCAAACCAUCCAUUUUUGGUCGGGUUGCAUUCGUGCUUCCAAACACCCAGCAGGUUGUUCUUUGUGAUUGAGUUUGUUCGUGGUGGUGACCUGAUGUUCCAUAUGCAGAGACAACGAAGAUUGCCAGAAGAGCAUGCCAGGUUCUACGCUGCUGAAAUCAGUCUUGCAUUGAAUUUCUUGCACGACAAGGGUAUCAUUUAUCGAGAUCUGAAACUGGACAAUGUUCUGUUGGAUCACGAGGGACAUAUUAAAUUGACUGAUUACGGUAUGUGCAAAGAAGGUAUUCGGCCUGGUGAUACUACAUCUACGUUCUGCGGAACUCCAAAUUACAUAGCUCCUGAAAUACUUAGAGGUGAAGACUACGGUUUCAGUGUGGACUGGUGGGCAUUGGGGGUCCUGUUGUACGAAAUGUUAGCAGGCAGAUCACCCUUUGAUAUUGCAGGAGCAUCCGAGAAUCCUGAUCAGAACACGGAGGACUAUUUGUUCCAAGUUAUCUUAGACAAAACUAUUCGUAUACCCAGAUCUCUGAGUGUCAAAGCUGCAUCAGUACUUAAAGGUUUUCUUGUGAAGGAUCCUGCAGGCAGGUUAGGUUGUCACAAGGAAGGAGGUUUUAUGGACAUCGUCAAUCAUCAGUUCUUCAAAGCCAUCGACUGGGGAAAUGCUCGAGCAGAAGCAGGUUGCGCCCCCUUUCAAGCCCCGCCUGGAGUCCGACCGAGAUUUGGCCAAUUUUCCGCCGGAGUUCACAGACGAACCGGUUCAUUUGACGCCGGACGACGAGCAUGUCAUCGACAAGAUAGACCAGACCGAGUUCGAAGGCUUCGAGUACGUGAAUCCUCUCCUGAUGUCGCUCGAAGACUGCGUCUGACGAAACGCUCCCCCGACGCCGAACACUUUAAAAAAAUUGAAAGAGAAGAGGUCUUCUUUAAAAAAGAAGACCUCCGAAGACGACAGCGACAACAGCACACCGCCACCUUUACCACCAUUGAGAUAUUUCGAGAACCAGAAAUGCGAACUGCACCCGGACAGACCCUAUAUGCUGACAAACGCCCUGCACUCUUCGGAAUUCUCCUCGGAGAUCGAUUCCUCGGACUUCGAUCAAGGUAACUUUUUACAUCACUACGUGGUCAGUAGGCAUUAUCAGGAGCAGCAGUUCAGGCACCAGGAUAAUAAUGGUCAGGAUAAUGAUCACCAUUACGAGAAUCAGAUGUGUUUUCAGAAUAUAGACGGGACGACCGGGUUUCCGAUACAUAUUAAUGGGUACGAUGGCUUAGAUUUGCCGGCUAGGGGCGAUGAUGAUAGAUUGAUGCAAAGUAGCGAUGAUUACGAUGAAGUUCCGUCUGAUGAUAAUAAUGGGGUAGUUGAGGGUAAAAAUGGAAAGAAGCAGGGAGGGAACAAGGCGAUUUUGAGACAUAUGUUUUGUUUGCCUUCGAACUAAAUUUUUUUUUGCUUUUCUAUAAUAUUCACUGGAGGUAAUUGGUGUGGUAUCAAGUAUUUCAUACACACAAUCUAACCUUCGAAUAACAAUUUUAUCAUAAGGGGGCGUCCAUCAACCACGUAUUACCAAGAGGAAAUAGGGAUCCAAAAAUCCUUAGAAAAUUUGUAACCUGAAUUUAAAAAAAAAAUCCAGAAUUUUUCAUAAAAAUUUCCAAAAGUUUAGGUACUAAAUGUACAUAUAAUUGUUUGGAGAUGAAGGGGUAAUUUUUUAUAAUAAUUUUCCAACCAAGGGAGAGGAGGGUUGCUCCUAAAUAGAUAGAUAAUUUUUUAGUUUUGAAGUUACGGAGGUUUCACUCAUUGAUUUUGUACUUAUUAACUUUUUUCCGUGCAUUUUUAUAAAGCACCAGUUGAUAUUUUAUAUUAUAAUUUUUAUUUAUGUGGGUGUUUUAAACCACGUAAUUAAUGGACGUUCUCUAGGAGCCAGGGAUGGGGUUAAUAAAUAAUACAAAUUCAAAAAUUUUCAUAAAAAUUACAAAAAUUUAACAUUUUUUCUAUGUGCCAAAAAUGCACGUAGUGUUAGUUGGGGAUGGAGUAAUUUUUUAUAAUAAUUUUCCCUCCAAGGCGGAGGAGGGUCCAGAAAAUUUUUAAAAAUCGAUCACGUGAUCAAUGGACGCCCCCUCAGAGACGAGAUUUUUAAGGGAAAAGGGGGUUUGAUAAAAAAUCCCUCCCCAUCACGUGGGGGAGGAAGGGGUAUAGUAAGAUAAUUUUGAAUUUUUUUAAAAUUCA